CCCGCAACAAUUACAGAGAGAAGCAGGGUUGCCUAGGGUUUUAGAGCAAAGGCGGGGUCUCCGCGGCGGCGACGGCGAGCCAUGGAGAACACGAAGCUCUCGUCGGCGCUAUUCGCCGGGACCCACUUCGACCGCAAGCGCUUCGCCGCCGACUUCGCCCGGUUUCGUAAAGGCCCGGCUCUCCCAUCCGCCGCCACCCCCUCCGCACCGUCCCCGGAGAAGAAGCGGAAGCGCAAGAGCGGCAAGGCAAAGGCGAAGAAGAAUAAGAAGAGAGCCCAGGAUGCGGCGGCCGCCGCCUCGUCGGAUUUUGUGGAGGGGUUCAGCGUGUUCAAGGGAUUGGCUGAUAAUAAUGCGGAGCUGCGUUCUGAGAAGGUGGAUAUGAGGAAAGAUGAUGAUUCGGUGGCUGUGAGGAGACGGAAAGAGAUUGAGAGGGAAUUCGAGAGAGCUGCAGUUCUUCGUAAGAGGUUUGAUAUCCACAUUGCCGGGCAAAAUGCUCCAGCACCACUUGAGAGCUUUGAAGAAUUGAUUUCAAGGUAUGGUUGUGAUUCUUAUUUGGUUGGAAACUUGUCAAAACUUGGUUUUCAAGAACCUACACCAAUUCAAAGGCAGGCCAUGCCCAUUCUUCUUUCGGGUAGGGAAUGCUUUGCGUGUGCACCUACUGGUUCUGGCAAGACAUUGGCUUUCUUGUUUCCACUUCUUAUGAAAAUUAAGCCAGGAUCAAAAGGUGGUGUUAAAGCCGUGAUUCUUUGCCCAACAAGGGAAUUGGCUGCACAAACUGUGAGAGAAUGCAAGAAGUUGGUUAAGGGGAGGAAGUACUAUAUUAAAUUGAUGACCAAAGAGCUGUCCAAAUCAGGGAAUUUCAAAGAUAUGCACUGUGAUAUCCUUGUUUCCACCCCUCUUCGUUUGGACCAUGCUGUGAAGAAAAGAGACCUUGAUUUAAGUAGUGUGGAAUACCUUGUCUUGGAUGAAUCUGAUAAACUUUUUGAGCUUGGAUUUGUUGAAGUGGUUGAUUCAGUUGUAGAAGCCUGUUCCAAUCCUUCAAUAAUUCGGUCUCUGUUCAGUGCCACUUUGCCCGAUUCAAUUGAGACUCUUGCACGCACUAUAAUGCAUGAUGCCAUUCGAGUCAUUGUCGGCAGAAAGAAUUCGGCCUCUUCACUGAUUAAGCAAAAGUUGAUUUUUGCUGGAACUGAGAGGGGAAAGUUGCUAACUCUUCGCCAAAACUUUCAAGAGUCUCUCAAUCCUCCAGUAUUGAUUUUUGUCCAAAGCAAAGAGAGGGCCAAAGAGCUUUACAAAGAACUGGCAUUUGAUGACAUUAGAGUUGAUGUAAUUCAUGCAGAUCUCAGUGAGCAGCAGCGUCAAGAUGCUGUUGACAAUUUGAGAGCUGGAAAGACCUGGGUACUGAUAGCAACGGAAGUCAUUGCCCGGGGAAUGGACUUCAAAGGUGUCGCCUCUGUGAUAAACUACGAUUUUCCGGAGUCGGCUGCUGCCUAUAUUCACAGGAUAGGGCGAUCCGGAAGAGCCGGUAGGUCCGGGGAGGCUAUCACGUUCUUCACAGAGGAGGACAAGCCAUUCUUGAGGAAUAUCGCCAACGUGUUGGUAUCUUCAGGCUGUGAAGUGCCUUCCUGGAUAAUGGCACUGCCAAAGCUCAAGCGAAAGAAGCACAGAGUGGAUAGGGACCCAAUCUCCUACCUACCUGACGAAGUUUGAGAGCGGCUUGGUAAGAUGCUCUAUUUAUUUAUUUUUGUGGGGAGGGGGGGAUAUAUAACACAGGCUGUCCAGAGUGGUACUUUAACCAUGCACUUCCGAGAGGUGGCACGUUGGCUUCAGUUUUCCCUGUUUGAGCAGUGCACCGAUCAGUUUGUUUAGCCACAACCCAAGACGAGGGAUCAGUAUAUCUUUGUUAAUUGGAGU